GAAAGUUUCAGUGCCAAGGAAUCUCCCCUUCCUCAGUGAAAUAGGGUUUCCUGAUGUCUUUCAAGGAUCAAGAACGGGGCUGGGAACACGGUGUGCGCUAAGGAAGGAAUGGAUUGAAUUGAGCCCCUGCAGAACGUGGACUAUUUGGAGGCAUUGAAUUUAGCCUCUGGGUGAAUACUUCCCUCGGACUGGCCCACUUCACAGUGAACAGCUAUGGGCCAAAAGAGACAUACCCAGUGUCAACAAAGCAAAUCAGACAUUCCAGGAACCAGCUCACCUAAACCUGAGAAAGGAAUAGUGGUUGAUAAUGAUGAGAUUUGUGAUACAGUCGGGCAAUCAAAAUUUGUUCUGAAGAACCUUCGGCAUUACACAGUCCAUCCGAAUUUGGCCCAGUACUAUGCGCCUUUGAAGCCCACCGCCCUGCAGAAAUUCCUGGCUCGAAACAGGAAAAUCAGAAGCUUCAUGUUAAAAGUAGCAGAGUACGAUCAGGAUAAGACCUUACUGAUUAUGACCAACAACCCACUUCCCUGCCCAACUGACCAGCAAGCAAAGGACAUGGCCCCAAAAUACUUUCCCAAGGAGUUGCUGUUCAAGGAAAGUUAUCGGCACAAACCCCCUGAGCACUUCUGCCUACCCCAGGUGUCUCCGGAAAAAAAGUUAAGAUCUGGGCUGAAACCAACCUUUCCUGUGACCCUGUUGGAGGAUCCUACAUCCAAGCGAGAACAGUGGUUUAGGUUUUCCACUGACAAUGAUUUCAAGAGCGAAGGGAAGUAUUUAAAGGUCUAUGCUUUGAGGAAACAGAAAAAAAUGUACCCCCAGCUCAACUUUGCUUCAGUCUGCAAAAGAGAUAUGAGGAAAGAUGUCGUCAAGUCAGGGAGUGACCUGCCGACUUCCAAGAUGAUCUGGGAACCACUAACCCUUUCGUCGCUCCUGGAAGAGAAACCCACCAGAACUGUGCCAGGGGAGAGCUCCUUCCGCAAUGGCAGGGCCCAGCAGUGGGUUAUAAAAAACGCCACUGUCGUCAAGUGAAUACAAACCCUCCAGGCCUCCUGCCUCUGUCUGCAGAGACUAAGGGGCCUGAAAAAGUCACCAUCCAGGGCGUGCCAACCAAAUAAAAUCGCAUUCU